AUGAAGCUUUCACUCGUCUUUCCCCUGACUAGUCUCCUGUCUUUGACAGUUGCUGGGUCUCUGACCACCGAUGAAGUCAGCCCAUGCUUGACCCACUGUCUUACAGAAGGUGCCGCUGUAGCUGGCUGUACCUCCUACCUUGAUCUGAAGUGUACCUGUCCCAGUCCGGCAUUCAAGGAUGCGCUCGGCGUGUGUCUGAAGGAUGUAUGCGAGAAGAAGGAUUUGGAAGCGGCGAAGCAGUUACACGUGAAGCGCUGUGGGACAGCUCCUCAGUAA